UACCCACCUUGUUCGGAUUGUAACUUACCGGCUUUAACUCAUUUUAUUUUGUGGCUUAAAAUGGCAUUCAAUGGCCAAAUCUCGUUGUCUACUUAAUCAAUCUUAUCGUGCUUAAAGUGUGUGCAACAGAAAACAAAGGGGUCUUCUUGCAAAGUACUUUCUGUUUUGUGGCCAUGGCUGCUCGUAGAGGAAUCUGUUCUUUACUCUCUCGUUCUCUCUUAUCAUCAUCAUUAUCUUCUUCUUCUUCUUCUUCUUCUUCUUCUUCUUCUGCUUCUGCUUCUGCUUAUGGGUUUAGUUCUCUUCUUCAAUCUCAUGCAAGAGUUUCAAGGUUCCAUGGAAGAGGGAAUAGAUUCAGCACAUCUGCUUUGGCAGAGGAGGAACUUAUCACUCCUCCUGUUCAGAUCAGUUACACUCAAAAUUUGAUUAAUGGGCAGUUUGUAGAUGCUGCAUCAGGAAAAACGUUUCCGACUUAUGAUCCUCGCACUGGGGAAGUGAUUGCUCAUGUUGCCGAGGCCGAUGCCGAGGAUAUCAACCGUGCAGUAUCGGCAGCCCGAAAGGCUUUCGACGAGGGGCCAUGGCCAAGAAUGACUGCUUAUGAACGAUCGAGGAUAUUACUGCGGUUUGCCGAUUUGAUUGAAAAACAUAUCCCUGAACUUGCAGCAUUGGAAACAUGGAACAACGGGAAACCUUACGAACAAUCGGUUAAAUCCGAAUUACCGUUACUUGUGCGCUUGUUUCACUAUUACGCGGGCUGGGCAGACAAAAUCCAUGGCUUAACAGUUCCAGCUGAUGGAAAUCAUCAUGUUCAAGUAUUACAUGAACCAAUUGGAGUUGCAGGACAGAUAAUUCCAUGGAACUUUCCUCUCAUUAUGUUUGCCUGGAAAGUUGGUCCUGCUUUAGCCUGUGGCAACACUGUUGUCCUGAAGACUGCAGAGCAAACACCUCUGACUGCCCUUUAUGUGGCUAAGUUAUUCCACGAGGCCGGUCUUCCUCCGGGGGUUCUAAAUGUCGUUUCGGGCUAUGGUCCGACGGCUGGUGCUGCCCUUGCUAGUCAUAUGGAUGUGGACAAGCUAGCUUUCACCGGAUCGACGAGCACAGGAAAAAUUGUACUCGAAUUGGCAGCAAAAAGCAAUUUGAAGCCAGUGACACUGGAGCUUGGGGGGAAAUCACCUUUCAUUGUUUGCGAGGAUGCAGAUGUUGAUAAGGCUGUGGAGCUUGCUCAUUUUGCUCUUUUUUUCAAUCAGGGGCAAUGUUGUUGUGCUGGCUCUCGUACUUUUGUGCAUGAGCGUGUGUACGAUGAAUUUGUCGAAAAAUCGAGGGCUCGUGCUCAAAGACGUGUUGUUGGUGACCCUUUCAAGAAGGGUGUUGAACAGGGUCCUCAGAUUGACUCUGAGCAAUUCCAAAAAAUCCUAAAAUACAUCAAAUCUGGCAUUGAAAGUGAUGCUACUUUGGAAUGUGGGGGUGGUAGACUUGGGUCUAAGGGAUACUUUAUCGAGCCAACAGUUUUCUCAAAUGUUAAGGACGAUAUGUUGAUAGCGAAGGAUGAAAUCUUUGGUCCAGUACAAUCCAUCUUGAAAUUCAAGGACAUUGAUGAAGUGAUUCAAAGGGCAAAUGCAACUCGCUACGGUUUAGCUUCCGGAGUUUUCACGUCAAACAUCGACACAGCCAACACGCUAACACGGGGAUUGAGAACCGGGACUGUGUGGCUCAAUUGCUUCGACAUCUUCGAUGCUGCAAUACCGUUUGGCGGGUAUAAGAUGAGUGGAAUAGGAAGGGAGAAGGGAAUUUACAGCCUCCAAAACUACUUGCAAGUAAAGGCUGUUGUUACACCUCUCAAGAAUCCAGCAUGGUUGUGAGAAUUUCAGCAAUGCAUGUGAGAAGUACAACAAUGUUUUAUUUUGCAAAAUCAGCUUCUUCUUCUUUCUUAAGAAUAUAACAGGGCCUUGCUUCUGUUGUUAUACUAAAGUUAAACUCUAAUAAUAUCUGCCUCUUAAUAUGUGAUUCUGAGCUA